CAGCGCAGACCAGCUCCUGGCACCACCGAGCCAAACUGGAUUUCAACCAGUGAUCCGUAAGCAGCGAGUCCCGCGCGGGCACGUGCCCCUCGGCCAGCAUGACGAGCGAGGUGGUGGAGAACGAGUUUGAGUUUUACUCCAAGGCGGAAAAGUACUGGAAGGACGUGCCCGCCACGGUGGACGGCAUGCUGGGGGGCUACGGCCACAUCUCCAGCAUUGACAUCAACAGCUCCAGGAAGUUCCUGCAGAGGUUUCUGCGGGAUGGCCCCAACCGGACGGGGACAACCCGUGCUCUGGACUGCGGGGCAGGCAUCGGCCGGAUCACCAAGCGGCUGCUGUUGCCCCUCUUCAAGACGGUGGACAUGGUGGACGUGACGGAGGACUUCCUCACCAAGGCCAAGAGCUACCUGGGAGAGGAGGGCAGGCGGGUGCGCAACUACUUCUGCUGCGGCCUCCAGGACUUCAGCCCCGAGCCAAACUCCUAUGACGUCAUCUGGAUCCAGUGGGUCAUCGGACACCUCACCGACAACCACCUCUCUGACUUCCUGAAGCGGUGCCGUGCCGGCCUGCGGCCCAACGGCAUCGUGGUCAUCAAGGACAACAUGGCUCAGGAGGGCGUGAUCAUGGACGAUGUGGACAGCAGCGUCUGCCGGGACCUGGACGUGGUCCGUAAGAUCAUCCGCCGAGCUGGGCUGCACCUCCUGGCCGAGGAGCGCCAGGAGAACUUCCCCGAUGAGAUCUACCAUGUCUACACCUUUGCCAUGAGAUGAGGGCGGCCGGCGGCGGGAGGAGGUCUCUCCGGGGCCAGCUCGGAGCACGGGCCAGCAUGGUGUGCCUUCACCAUGGGGUAGCAGACGGCGGCGAGGGUGUCAUGGGUCCCUCUCUCCGGGGCUGGUGACGAGGAUGGGGCUUUGUCUUCCAAGUUGCUGCUGUUUGUGAAAAGAGGUGUUUGCCAAAUACAUUUUCCUGCUGUUGCACUUC